UCGGUAAUAAAGGGUCGCGCGUCGUCACGUUUUACUGUACGUUUAGGGAGUCUGUGAGUGUUUGUCAGAUUGUGUGCGUGUGUGUGAAUCAAUCACACAACCACACCAACAACCCCCAGACAGUGUAUCUACUACAAUAACAACAAAAAUAAGAACAACGACACCGAAACGACGAAUACAAAUAGCAAUCAAGCGAAACCGGUUCCGGUGCUACGCGUUCGUUUGGUGAAUUGUGUGCGUGUGCGCGACACACAUCUACACAAACCUAAGUGUAAAAUUUGGUUGGUGUGUUUUUUUGGCAAUAAUUUAAUUGAUAGAAAAUUGUUAGUUUAUUUACGUAGUUUGGCGAUGUUUUGUGUGGAAAAAAAUGCGUGCGGUUAAAAAAAGUGGAAUAAUGGUGCAUUAAGUGUUGUGAAUAUUAAGGAGUUCUAAUCAGAAAAUGGUGCGUGCUUUGUGCGCAAAGUUAAUUCGAAAUUAGGAAAAGUUCCAAGAUGCUGUGCCGAGUGCUGUGGUGCGGCGCUGUGUGUAUAGUUCGGAAAGAGCCACCCCCGUGGAUUAGUGGCCUCUUUGCGACUGCACACCGCGCCCUGCAGCAACAGCUCAUUUUGCAUUUGACUGGCGAAGAUUGUGUCAAUCAUGAAUGAAAUAUAUGGUUAAUGCACACAGAGUGUUGCAGAAAUGAGCCAAAAAUUAUAAAAAGAUACGCAAAAGCUCUGCAGAUGUUCAAAAUAUGCCAACACUAUUAAAAAAAAAAAUAAUAAUCGAAGUGAAGUGAUUUAUGGUGCCGCUCGAAAGUGUUUUCCACACAAAACCGGCAGUGAAAAAGUGCUUUAGUGCAAAUAUUUUCCAAACGACUAAAAUCUUCUAUACCAAAUAUUUGCGUAAUUUAUAUUUCUUCUAUUUUCCCCUCCAUUCAGCUAUAAAAGCAGCGCGUGUUGAAAGUGAAAAUUGAAAAUUAAAAAUUUGACGAACCAGUGUUGGAUUAGUGCUCGCACGUCAUAUUCAGUGUGCAAUAUUGAAACAUAUUGUGGAUUGCCAUUUGGAUAUAAUAAAACAACUUGUAGGCGAAUCAACAACAACAGCGCAAAUCACGCACAACUACAAAAGUAGCACCAAAAGCCGUAAAAUGUUGCCGCCACCGCGCUUAAACGCCAUAAAAUGGCUAACAUUACUUGCAGCCUUGGCUGCCUUCUGCACUCCAAUCGCUUAUGCGGCGACCCAGCCCGAUGCCGACCAGAAAGGACCCGUUUUCCUCAACGAACCGACCAACCGCAUUGACUUCUCCAACUCGACAGGCGCCGAAAUUGAAUGCAAAGCCAGCGGAAAUCCCAUGCCCGAAAUCAUUUGGAUUCGUAGUGAUGGUACUGCUGUUGGCGAUGUACCUGGACUGCGUCAAAUUUCAUCCGAUGGGAAAUUGGUCUUCCCACCCUUCCGCGCUGAAGAUUAUCGACAAGAAGUGCACGCUCAAGUUUAUGCCUGUUUGGCGCGCAAUCAAUUCGGCACCAUUAUUUCACGCGAUGUUCACGUGCGAGCGGUUGUUAAUCAAUUCUAUGAGGCGGAAAUUAUGACUGAGUAUGUAAUUAAAGGCAAUGCCGCUGUGCUUAAAUGUUCCAUUCCAUCGUUUGUCGCCGAUUUUGUGCGCGUUGAAGCGUGGAUAGAUGAGGAUGGCAAUGUGCUGAAGUUCUCUGAUAAUUACGAUGGCAAAUACUUGGUUUUGCCCUCUGGUGAGCUGCAUAUUCGUGAAGUUGGACCUGAGGAUGGCUAUAAGAGUUACCAGUGCCGCACCAAGCAUCGUCUGACUGGCGAAACACGACUGAGCGCGACUAAAGGACGCUUGGUGAUUACAGAGCCUGUUGGCAGUGUACGCCCCAAAGUACAACCACAAGACAAACACCAAUUUAUCGAUAUCGAAUUGGGUCACAAUUAUGCACUACUCUGUCUUGCACAAUCCUAUCCAAUGCCGGCGUUUAGAUGGUACAAAUUUAUUGAAGGCACCACACGCAAACAGGCUGUCAUCUUAAAUGAACGCGUCAAACAAGUUUCCGGCACGCUGAUCAUCAAAGAUGCUGUCGUCGAGGAUUCUGGCAAAUAUUUGUGUGUUGUGAACAACUCUGUGGGUGGUGAGAGCGUCGAAACUGUGCUCACCGUUACCGCGCCACUCUCCGCGAAAAUCGAUCCUCCCACACAAACUGUUGAUUUUGGACGUCCUGCCGUCUUCACCUGCCAAUACAGCGGCAAUCCCAUCAAGACAAUCAGCUGGAUGAAGGAUGGCAAAUCGAUUGGGCACAGCGAUCAGGUCUUACGCAUCGAAUCGGUGAAGAAGGAAGAUAAGGGCAUGUAUCAGUGUUUCGUACGCAACGAUCAGGAGUCGGCGGAAGCAAGCGCUGAACUGAAGCUCGGCGGUCGUUUCGAUCCACCUGUUAUACGGCAGGCAUUCCAAGAGGAAACAAUGGAACCUGGCCCAAGCGUAUUUCUAAAGUGUGUAGCAGGCGGUAAUCCAACACCCGAAAUCUCAUGGGAACUCGAUGGCAAGAAAAUUGCAAAUAUCGAUCGCUACCAAGUGGGACAAUAUGUGACUGUGAAUGGAGAUGUUGUUUCUUAUUUGAACAUAACCUCAGUGCAUGCGAACGACGGCGGCCUCUACAAGUGUAUAGCGAAGAGUAAAGUGGGCGUUGCCGAACACUCAGCGAAAUUAAAUGUCUACGGUCUACCCUACAUUCGACAGAUGGAGAAGAAGGCUAUUGUAGCGGGCGAAACCCUAAUUGUAACCUGUCCCGUAGCGGGCUAUCCAAUUGACUCGAUAGUUUGGGAACGUGAUAAUCGCGCUUUACCCAUCAAUCGCAAACAGAAGGUCUUCCCCAAUGGCACUUUGAUUAUCGAGAAUGUGGAACGUAACUCCGAUCAAGCAACCUACACUUGCGUGGCUAAGAAUGUGGAAGGCUAUUCGGCGCGCGGCUCGCUUGAAGUACAAGUUAUGGUUUUACCACGCAUCACACCCUUCGCUUUCGAGGAGGGUCCCGCUCAGACGGGCCAAUAUCUCACUUUGCAUUGCUCAGUGCCCACUGGUGAUUUGCCGCUCGUCAUUGAGUGGACGCUAAAUGGCGAGCUAGUUAGCGAGGUGCUUGGCGUGUCCACAAUGACAGUGGGUCGUCGCAGCAGUGUACUGACCAUUGAAUCGGUUGAUCAUCAACAUGCUGGGAAUUUCACUUGCAAUGCAAGUAAUCGUGCGGGCGUGCAGAGUUACUCAGCUGAAUUGAAUGUUUAUGUGCCACCCAGAUGGAUACUCGAACCCACCGACAAAGCUUUUGCACAAGGCUCCGAUGCUAAGGUUGAAUGCAAGGCUGAUGGCUUCCCCAAACCACAGGUUACAUGGAAGAAAGCUGUUGGCGAUAGCCCUGGUGAAUACAAGGAUCUGAAGAAGAACGACAAUAUUCGCGUUGAAGAAGGCACCCUGCACAUCGACAACAUUCAAAAGACCAACGAAGGCUAUUAUCUCUGUGAGGCUAUCAAUGGUAUUGGAUCUGGACUUUCAGCCGUCAUUAUGAUUAGCGUACAGGCACCACCAGAAUUCACCGAAAAACUUCGUAAUCAGACCGCACGCCGUGGCGAACCCGCUGUGCUGCAAUGCGAAGCUAAGGGCGAGAAACCCAUUGGCAUACUCUGGAACAUGAAUAAUGUACGCUUGGACCCCAAGAAUGAUAAUCGUUACACAAUUCGCGAAGAAAUUCUCUCCACCGGUGUCAUGUCGAGCCUCUCCAUUAAACGUACCGAACGUUCCGACUCAGCGCUCUUCACUUGCUUGGCCACCAAUGCUUUCGGUUCGGACGACACUAGCAUUAAUAUGAUCAUUCAGGAAGUGCCCGAAAUGCCCUACGCCUUGAAAGUUUUGGAUAAAUCUGGACGUUCUGUACAAUUGAGCUGGGCUCAACCCUACGAUGGCAAUUCACCACUGAUUCGCUACAUAAUUGAAUUCAAACGUUCACGCGCAAGUUGGGAUGAAGUGGAUCGUGUUAUGGUGCCCGGACAUACUACCGAAGCGCAAGUGCAAAAAUUGAGUCCUGCCACCACCUACAAUAUACGCAUUGUGGCCGAGAAUGCCAUUGGUACUUCGCAAUCAUCGGAAGCUGUGACAAUCAUUACCGCAGAAGAAGCACCCUCUGGCAAGCCACAAAAUAUCAAAGUUGAACCAGUGAAUCAGACUACUCUGCGCGUCACCUGGAAACCACCAGCACGCUCCGAAUGGAAUGGUGAAAUAUUGGGCUACUACGUUGGCUACAAACUAUCGAAUACCAAUUCGUCAUACGUUUUUGAGACUGUUAACUUUUUGACUGAAGAAGGCAAGGAACAUAGCUUGGAAUUGAAUAAUUUGCGCGUGUAUACACAGUAUUCGGUUGUGAUACAAGCAUUCAAUAAGAUCGGCGCUGGUCCAUUGAGCGAAGAAGAGAAACAAUUCACUGCCGAGGGCACACCCAGCCAACCACCAAGCGACACUGCCUGCACAACAUUGACCUCGCAGACCAUUCGCGUCAGCUGGGUGAGUCCACCACUUGAGUCGGCUAACGGUGUUAUCAAGACCUACAAAGUGGUGUAUGCGCCCAGCGAUGAGUGGUAUGAUGACACCAAACGUCACUACAAGAAGACUGCCUCCUCAGACACCGUUUUGCAUGGCCUCAAAAAGUUCAACAAUUACACGAUGCAAGUACUCGCCACCACCGCUGGCGGCGAUGGCGUACGCAGCGCACCCAUCCAUUGUCAUACUGAACCAGAUGUUCCCGAUGCACCCACCGAUGUGAAGGCCUUAGUCAAGGGACAAGCUGCCAUACUAGUUUCGUGGCGCCCACCAGCACAACCCAACGGCAUCAUCCAACAAUACACUGUCUACUCCAAAGUCGAGGGGGCUGAGGGUGGUCCCAAGAGUCAGAAGAUUCCACACUAUCAAAUGAGUUAUGAGGCCACUGAAUUGGAAAAGAAUAAGCCUUACGAAUUCUGGGUCACCGCUAGCACCAACAUCGGCGAAGGUCAGCCCUCAAAGAGCAUUGUUGCUAUGCCCAGUGAUCAAGUACCCGCCAAGAUUGCCUCAUUCGAUGACACUUUCACCGCCACCUUCAAGGAAGACGCUAAAAUGCCCUGCUUGGCUGUAGGUGCACCACAACCUGAGAUCACCUGGAAGAUUAAGGGUGUUGAAUUCACUGGCAAUGAUCGCAUGCGCGUACUGCCCGACGGUUCGUUAUUGAUCAAAUCGGUUAAUCGUCAAGAUGCUGGUGAAUAUUCGUGUCAUGCCGAGAAUUCGAUUGCAAAGGACUCAAUUACACAUAAAUUGAUUGUACUUGCGCCACCACAAUCGCCACAAGUAUCGCUCUCGGCCACCACCACCGAUUCGCUAACCGUGAAAUUGAAGCCACAUGAGGGAGACACUGCACCAUUGCAUGGCUACACACUGCACUAUAAGCCAGAAUUCGGCGAAUGGGAAACUGCUGAGGUCUCUGUUGAUGCACAGAAGUACACCAUUGAAAAUCUGCUCUGUGGUUCACGCUAUCAGGUCUAUGCUACCGGUUUCAAUAACAUCGGCGCUGGCGAAGCUUCGGACAUACUGAACACACGCACCAAAGGCUAUAAGCCCAAACUGCCGGAAAAACAACGCUUCAUUGAGGUUUCAUCCAACUCGGUUUCACUGCAUUUCAAGGCCUGGAAAGAUGGCGGCUGCCCUAUGUCUCACUUUGUUGUUGAAAACAAGAAGCGCGAUCAAACUGAAUGGAAUCAAAUUUCGAAUAAUGUCAAGCCUGAUAAUAACUACGUUGUUUUGGAUCUGGAACCUGCCACCUGGUAUAACCUACGCAUUACAGCUCAUAACUCUGCCGGCUUCACUGUUGCCGAAUAUGAUUUCGCCACACUGACUGUGACUGGAGGCACUAUUGCACCACUCGACGAUGGCCACGGCGCAGGCAAUUUGAACACGCGCUUGCGCCUGCCAGCCUGGAUGCCCGAAUGGCUCGAUUUGAAUUUCAUGGUGCCUCUCAUAGCCACAGUCAUUGUGGUAGCGGUGGGUAUACUUGUUGUGUGUGUAGCGCUUUCCAGACGCCGUGCGGACGACCUGCGAGGUGGACAAAAGGAUGUGUACUAUGAUGUAGUUUAUAAUCAGACCAUGGGACCUGGCGCCACUCUGGACAAGCGUCGACCAGAUUUACGUGAUGAACUCGGCUAUAUUGCACCACCGAACCGCAAGCUGCCACCAGUGCCCGGCUCCAACUACAACACCUGUGACCGGAUUAAGCGAGCACGUGGCAUUCGCUCGAAUCACUCAACCUGGGAUCCACGCCGUACAAACUUGUAUGAGGAAUUGAAGGCGCCACCAGUGCCAUUGCACGGUAAUCAUUAUGGUCCCGAGGAUGUACAGUGCCAUUACAGACAUCCAGGCAUGGAAGAUGAGAUCUGCCCCUAUGCGACUUUCCACCUGCUCGGCUUCCGCGAAGAAAUGGAUCCCACAAAGGCUAUGAACUUCCAAACCUUCCCACAUCAAAACGGACAUGCACCCGGACCCGGACAUGCUGGCACCAUGGGACCACCCGGUCAUCCCGGACAUGUACACUCACGCUCCGGUUCACAGUCAAUGCCACGUGCCAAUCGUUAUGCCCGUAAGAAUAGCCAGGGUGGCCAGUCGUCGAUCUAUACACCAGCACCGGAAUAUGAUGACCCAGCCAAUUGCGCUGAGGAAGACCAAUACCGCCGUUACACACGCGUCAACUCACAGGGUGGCAGCCUGUACUCUGGCCCAGGACCCGAAUAUGAUGAUCCCGCCAAUUGCGCACCCGAAGAGGAUCAAUACGGCUCACAGUAUGGCGGUCCAUAUGGAACACCAUAUGAUCAUUAUGGCUCACGCGGCUCGAUGGGACGUCGCAGUGUUGGUUCUGCACGUAAUCCAGGCAAUGGUUCACCAGAACCUCCACCACCACCACCACGCAACCACGACAUGAGCAAUUCAUCGUUCAAUGACUCCAAAGAGAGCAAUGAGAUCUCAGAAGCUGAAUGUGAUCGCGAUCAUGGACCACGCGGUAAUUAUGGCGCUGUCAAAAGAUCCCCACUACAAAAGGAUCAGCGUACAACUGAAGAAAUGCGCAAACUGAUUGAAAGAAACGAAGCCGGUCCAAAACAACUCCAACAACAAAGUGGCGCAGGAUUCACAGCCUACGAUACUAUGGCAGUGUAAUUUGUAAACCGAUAGCUGUAGUAACAAAAACCACAAUUUACUAGCACAACAACAACUAGAAGAAAAAUGUAAAACCUCCCAGCCCCACUAGUCACAGCAGCAGCAACCGCAGCGAGCAUCGCCAGACCAAUUUUUUUCUUCCCAUGGAAUAGUUGGUGAAUGAGAAGAGAAAUUAGUUGAUUAAUGGAGUAAGAGAAAGAGAAGGAGAGAGAGAGAGAGAGCUAAAUAGCGCGAGUGAAAGCAGAGGAAAAGUUAGUAGCGGUAAUUGAAAAUAAGUAUGUAUUCCCUCUCAAAAUAGUUAGACUGCGCACGGGAGAGAGGGAGCGAGUAAUAUAAGUGAGUUACCAAGAGGGGAAGUGUGUGAGUGCGAAAUUCAAAUCACGGGCGUAAUUUGUGCGAAAGAGAUAAAUAUAUAGUAUAGGCUUGCAUCCAUACACAUAUGAACAUCACAACAGUAAAUGUAAAAGUGAAACUAUAUGCAAACACUCUCUCUUUUUUUUCUAUAAAAAAAUACGUAACAAAAAAAAAUUAUGAUGAAAAAAUGCAAAAAAUAAGAAAGUAAAAGUAAAAAAGUUGCAGAGGAGUUGUAUGACGAAAGUUGAAUAAUUAAAACAAAAAAAAAAAAUAUUGCAUACCUACAUAAACAUACAUAUAUGAAACGUAUUUAUAUUAUACAAUACAUACAUAUAAUUAUAAUUAAUAUUACUGCAAAAACGAACAAGAAAAAAAUAUAUAUAUGACUAUUAAAUGUUUUACGUGAAAGGAAAAAUUAAAAAUAGGAUAAGAAGAGAAAAAUGCAUACAAGUGAGAGAGCAGAAUAGCAUAAGCGCAUAAGCGCAUAAGAAAGUAAGAGCAAGAGAAACAACUACUUCAUUAAGACGAAAACACCAGUAAAAUAUUUUACAACAACAGCAACAAAUACAAUGCGUAUUAUUUGUGUUUAUUUGCUGUAGGCAAAACAAAACAAUAUAAAACCAAAUUUUACUUUUAAAUGCAAACCAAACAAAGAAAACAUUAUUUUACAUAAAUAUAAUAGUACUCUUACAUAUACAUAUAUGAAAUGAUGAACACUCAAGCAUUUAUUGUAACAAAAUAGUUGAAGCAGUUAGGAAUGUGAAACGAAGAAAGCGAAGAAGUAUCAAUCAAGUUUUUAUAAGCCAUACAUUUUUAUGUGUAAUUAAAAUAAGUGAACUACGAACAGUCAGUUAAAGUACACGGAAAAAAUUCAACUACAAGCCUACAUACACACACACACACACAGCACACAGCAAAUCUCAUGCAAACUAAAUUAGUAAAAAUGUUUACCUUUUUGUUAUCAACGGCACCCGGAAGUAGCAAGGAAGCAGCAGUAACUCAAUAAUAUGUAGUUUGCACAAACUUUGAAAAUUGUAUUUUUUCAAAACGAUUUGCAUAGUUUUAUGUAGUUGAGUAAACGAAAUGUGAUGCUUAAAGUGUGUGCAAAACAUUUACAAAAAAGUUUGCGCAAACCUAUAAUUUUUUAUGUUUAUUGAAAUUUUACUGAAUUGCACUUAGGAUUAGAAAAAAAUGGGGGUUUCAAUAGUUAUUUGAUAUUACUGCACAAAUUUCUUGUGCUAACUUUUUUAAAUUUCAAUUUACUUAUUAUUAAUUUGAAGGGCGGUUUGUGCAAACUUUUCCAAAUUAAAUUUUUUUUGCCUAUUUUGUGAACAUGAAGUGGCAGCAUUUAGAGGAAAAGUAGCCGCAAUUAAGUAACGAAUUUUGUGCGUUUAAAAAGUAGACUGUGUUUUAAAGCCGAGGCACUACCUUCAAAAAGUCAAGCAAAUGUUUGUUGUUGUAUUUUCCUUAAAGUAACCAAAUUAUGUUGCAGUUUGCAUUUAAAGACAAAAAAACAUAAAAUUUCAGACCGGUUCAUAAAGUUUGUGUAAAUUAGUUUGCGCAAGCAAUUCUAAACUUCCUCUAAAUGGCUCUGCAGAAUAAAAGAAAGUACAUUUUGCACUCUUACAAUUGAAAAAAAAAAAGUACGGUUGCGCAAUUUGCGUUUAAAGACAAAAAAUCAUAUAUAAAAUUUCAGACCGGUUCAUACAGUUUGUGCAAAUUAGUUUGCGCAUGCUAAUUCUAAAUUUCCUCUAAAUGACUCUGCAGAAUAAAAGAAAGUAGAUUUUUCACUCUUCAAUAGAAAAUUUAAAAACAAAGUAAAGUAGGGUUGCACAGACCGGCAUGUCCAAUAUUUUGAAGAAUUCAUUAGUAGUCAAAUCUCAAAAGCCUCUUGUAAGUUAACAUAACUGAAACCAGUUGUGCUCACGCUGCUGUUAGUAACAUUACAGCAUGAGAGACAUAAGAAUUCCACAGAAAAUUCAUUAAUAUUCAUGAAUACGACUAUGCUGUUUACACACCGCGUUGGCAGCGCACAAAUCCCAGUGUUAACAUAUAGUAAUUCAAUUGAAAAGUGCUCAUGCAGCUGUUAGUAACACUACAGCAUGAGAGACAUAAUAAUUCUAAAGAAUGUUGAUGAAUGUUCGUGUUCUUGUAAUUCGACUAUGUUGUUUAUACACCGCGUUAGCAGCGCACAAAACCAGUGUCGCAUACAUUUUUGUGUAAGUUGCAUGAGUGCCGCUGAUUUGCUUUGUGUGCACUUAAAGAUAUUAAUUAAAUUUAAUUUGUGCAUUUUAUCACCCAAACAGCAAAAGUUUGCGCAAAUCUAUGCUACUGUCUUCCACUAAUUUAAAACUCUUGCAUUAAAUCUCAAUUAUUGUAUUGAAUCAAUUGUAUUUAAAAAUGUUAAUACGCAUCUCUACGCAUCUAUUUGAAGAAAAAAAAAUUGGAAAUUUCGGACUAAUUUGAAGUGUGCGGUUGAGAGUUAUUUUAAAAUGUAUUUUUUCCAUAAGAUGUAACACUAAUUUGCCAUUUUUGUAAAGCAAUUACUGUAAUUUUUAAUUCAAAUAAGUGUGAAUUUGCAGUUUUUAAAUUUUGUUUACAUUUUAAUAUUUUGCUUUAAAAUGUAUUUUUGUAUUAAGUCAAACAGUUUCAACUGUUUGUGUCCUAUUAAAUUUAAGAAUUGUAAUUUAUCUUAAAAUUUUUAAAAUUAAGUUGAAAAAGUGAAUUUUUUGCGAGAAAUUUAGUUAUGUUUACGGAAAAGUGAGAAAGUAGGAUUUACAUUAUUUUUUUUACAUACAUAAUAAAAAAUGACUUUAUUGCACAAAUUUCUAGGGUUUUAUAAACCGGAAAGUGAGAAACUUAAGUUUGUAUUUGAAAAGAAAUUAAAGAAAAGUUUGAUAUUUAUUACAUUUGGCGCAUUGAUGUAAAAAAAAAUAAUUUUCAUUCACGAAAUUGUGUUUUUUUUUUGUCUUUGCCUUUUUUCAAAAAUGAAAUUUUCGUGAAAAUCGCAAACUUGUUUACAUUUAUUUUUUUUUCCAGCUCAAAUCUUUUAUUUAAUAAGUUCGGCAUAAAAAAAUUUAAAUUUAAAAUUUGUUUAAUUUCCAUUGAACGAGAUUCGCUGCUUGUUCAGUGAGUGAUAUUAGCUUUGUUUUGUUGUGUAAACAAUGAAGUCAUUAAUUUUUAAUUAUAAAUAUUGAGGAAAAGUAAUUUGCAACAAGCAAAAAGGUUUAAAAAUAUUUUUACUUGUAUGUAUUUUUAUUCUUACCAUACUUAUACUUGCAACUCACUGUCCAAUGAACUAGGCAUUUGGUUGAGGACCAAAGAAACACAGGGUGUGGGAAAUUCUAAGCACAAUCGUGUGUUUUCGCAUUAAAAAGAAACGAAAAUUCAAUUACGGAAAAAUGUUUGCUAUUUUCCUUAAAAAUUAGUGCCAACUGCCAAACUUCUAGUUCAAAUGACAUUUUCUUAGAAUAUAUUAAUACAUUUUUUCCUAAAUGCGCAAUCAACACUUUCAUUUAGAUCUUAAAACGCUCUUCCACUUUUUAAUUACUUUUUACCUUCCUUUUUAUAAGUUGCUUUUAACAAAUUUUAAACAAAGAGAAAAGCAAAAAAAAGGAAACUAUCUAUAAUUGUUUAUAUUUAUAACCUCGUUUUUUUUUUUUAAUUAUAAAAAUUAGUUUGAGUAUCGAAAGAAAUUCUGUUACGCACAAAUUACUCAAAUUAAUCAUUCAAGCUCUUCCUGCUAACAAAAAUUAAUAAAACUGUGUGCAGUUUUAAAUUGUAAAAAUUAUUCAUAGAAAAUUUUAUGCAACUUUCACAUUUUAAUUUAGGCAUUCAAUGAGCACUGCGACACCACCACACAAUUUUUACACUGUAAUUUGUAUUAUACAAAAUAUAUCCGCAAUCUUUAAGCCCCCUUUUAACCUCUCCUCACUUUCUCUGCACUUUGAAAGCUUUUUACGUUUAUAAUUUUUUACCUUAAAAUUCUUAGGUAUUAAAGUGUGUUUUUUCCCUUUUCAAAUUUGUAAUUUAUAUACAUACAAACAUACAUACUUUACGUUGCGUUUACAAUAAUGUUUUAAGGUUUCUUAGGUUUAAGUGAUAAAAAGUUUCUGAUGUUAAAUUUUACAGUUAAGUUGCACUCGAAUUUGUUUGUAAAAUGCUUUACUUGCUAAAUAAUAUAUGACUUCGA